GGCCAUGUUUACAAGUGACAUGGCGGAAAGUCGUCAGAAGACGGUUGUUUUACAGGGUUUGGAUGCAGACAUGCUCGGGGAGAUCCUGAGUUACAUCUACUCGGGAACCCUCCAUGUUUUCCUGGACAAAGUGCAGCCCCUGUACCAGGCAGCCGACCUCCUCCAACUGGACUAUGUUAGAGACACCUGCAGCAGCUACAUGGCCAUGAAUGUGGAGCGCUCCACCUGUGUGGAGCUGUACAAGUUUGCUGAUGUCUUCUCUGUGGACAUUGUCCAAAACCGUUGUCUGCAGUUGAUCCAUAGAAACUUUGUUGAGAUUGCCUUCAGCAAGGAGUUCAGCAGCCUGAGUGUGAAUCAGCUGACUGAGAUCAUCAGCCACGAUGAGCUGGAUGCUAAAGUGGAGACAACAGUGUGGGAGGCUGUGGUGAGAUGGGUGCAGCACAGCAGGGAGGACAGACUGCACCACCUACCCAGCAUCCUCCAGUACAUUCGCUUCAACCUGCUGACCUCAGACGACACGGCAGCCAUCUUGGUACAUAACCUGGUCAGGGAGGAUCCUGGGAGUUCUGAGUACAUCAGGAAUGUGGUACAAAAGAGCAACCACAACCUGAAGCCGAGGCUUGGGCUUACAAUGGAAAUGGCUAUGCUGUACAAUUCAGACAAUUCAGAAUGCGGGUCCAACGAGAUCCUCUUCAUGAACCCCCAGGAAGGGAAGUACAUCAGCUGCAGUUACAAACCCGGAGACUUUCCUGAUUACUCACCCAUAACAGUCACCAGUGAUAACAACAUUUACAUGCUGGAAACUAAAGAAUUAGAGGAUGAGAAUCAGGUGUCUCUAUUCAAGUACAACCAUGCCAAGAAUGUGUGGGAAAAUAUGGGUAUGUCUUCAGUAUCUAAGGCGGAAGAAGAUUUCAAGUCCUACAACAAGCCCUCCUUUUUUGAAGUUGAUGGAACUUUAUACCACGUUGCUGUUUAUCACAAAGAAAAGAGACAUUGGAGUAUGUUGCUGCAUAUGAAAACACGUAGUACAUUGCUGCAGAUAAGAAAGUACAACCGGCACACAAACCAGUGGCAGGAGUGUGCGCAGCUGCAACUUGACGGACGUAUAGUGGAGUUUGCAGUAUUGCCCUGUGGUCCUAACAUCUAUUUCCUCACAAACACUGAAAUACAUCGCUAUGACCCGAGCCAAGACCGUUGGAGCAAGCGGACCCCGCCAAUACUCAUACCAGACGUCUGUACAGCCGUUGCCAUGGGAACGGACAUUUUCUUGACAGAUUUCUUCUUCACCCAGACCACCAUGUACGACACAGAGUCAGACUGCUGGCAGAAACUGCAAGGCUGGCCGGACCCAGGAGACUAUACGCGUGAUGUUGAUAAUGAUCCCAGGCUUUUUGUACUGGAGAACCAGCUGCAUAUAUUGUUAACCUGUAGACGUAACUCCCGGCAAGGAGAAGUAUAUCUUGUAUAUGUGUAUGACAAGUCUGCUGAUGCCUGGAGAGAUUUGAAGGCCAAUCUACCUGAUAUUGAUAAGGACUAUUGUGCGCAUGCUCCUCACUGCCCUGUGGCACGUAUAAGCCUACGAUAUCUGAAGGGUAUAUAAAAACACACCACUUCGUAUGCUCACCAGCUUAAUGACAUUUAUGUCUGGGGUUGUGGAAUAUGUCCUCAACGGACAACUUAUAGUACAUUUUAUACUUCUAAGUAGCACUUUGAUCUUUGACAAAAACCCUUGUUUCUUGCAUAUAUAGGGGCCAUUCUGUGUAUGACUGACCUAAGUGAUGUGCUGUUUCUUCAAGUCUAAGACCAAUCAUUAUGUCUAUUGUAAAACUAUACAAUUUUUCUACUUGUAUUCUAUUAUUACAUUACAAAAGUUCCUUGUAGUGUGAUUAAUUUUGUAUAUGCGUUAGCCUGACUAAACCAUGCAUAUAGCAGCCCCCACACUGGUCAGACCCUAGGCAAGGGACGAGAGAACCUGUAUAGUGAAAUGUUAAGGAUGUAAUGAAACUCAUUUGGUCACAGGGACUAUCUAUAUGUUCUUCCUUACUAGCGUUUCUCGAACAAGCCAAUGGCAAAGUCAAACACAUAUUUAGAUUACAAGGUUUGUUUCUAUGUAAAAUGUUGAUCUUUACUCAUUUUUUUCUUUCCUAACAAUAAAUAUUCAAUGUUACUGAAAGAUACAAAGAGUCAACCUUUAGCCAAAAGCUACUCUGUUUCAAGGCUCAUUGAAAGGGUAGUCAAGCUGCCAUAUAAUGUACGAAA